CCAGCCUCUUUUGGAUGCGUAAACAGAGUGGAUUUUGAGUGGAAAGAGAGAGAGAGAGAGACAACAUACAGUCAACACGAAAGAGAAAAACUCAUUUUCUAUUCUAUUCUACAUUAGAAUGGCUUCCAUUGAAGAUUCUUCAGUCAAGUUUUUUUCUAAAGCGAAUUGUGAUCAAUGGCUUUUUGUUUUGUCACAAUACAAACAAGUGUUUAAGAUUCGAGCUCAGGUAACCAGAGGAUCGAAAAAAAGUGGACCUCAAGAUGCGAUUAAAUUGGAUGAUUGGUAUCAAGAAGAAUUGCCGAAAAUAUUACAGUCUCGUAAAGAUAAACAUGUAAGGUAUGAGGAAUUGGUUCAGAUUACUAAGUGGAAAUUUUUGCGAACCAAAAGUCGGGCUGGUCUUUUGGAUCUGGUUCGGAUAAACACUGAACUCGCCGUGAAACAAGCCUCCACCAAAGCUUUUAAGAAAUGUCCAACGAAUCUCCAAGGCGCUAUUUCCGCCCUUGUUAACCUUAAAGGAAUUGGUGUUGCCACGGCAUCAGCUAUUCUAUGUGCUUGUUUCCCAGAGAUUUGUCCUUUCAUGGCAGAUGAAUGUUUAGUCUCUGUACCAGGAAUUGAGAAUACAAAUUAUUCCAUCAAUGAAUUUAUGGCUUUUGCUGACCAAAUUAAAGCCUGUUGUGAGAGGCUACAAGCUGCAGAUCCAAGUGCUAAAUGGACACCACACAAGGUAGAAUUGACUUUAUGGACACAUUAUUGGAUUAAAGAGAUGAAACUUAAUUUAUUGGAUAACAUGCCUACUCCUGAAGGAUUGGAAGAUGAAAUAGAGGAAACAGGAUCAGAUGAAGUUGAAGUAAAAAAUUUAAGUAAAAACAAUGGUGAUUCUCAUGUUAAAUCAUCAUCAUCUUCAUCAGCAACAUCAGUCUCAGCAUCAGCAUCGUCUUCAGAAACAACAUCAGCAACAACAACAACAACCACAACAUCUACUUCUAGAAGAAAUGGUGACAAAGUAUUAGACGAAGAUUCCAAUAUAUCUUUGGGAGUUUCUAACGCUUCUGAAGUGGAAGAUGAGGAUAGUCGAAGUUUAGAUGAGGUUCGUAAAAAUAAUGGAACCAAUUCUAAUAGAAUGACUAACAAGAGUAACAACACUACAAAUAACAACAGAAAUUGUAGUAAUAGUAAUAAUAAUAAUAGCGCUUAUAAUUGUAUUGAGGAUAGUAAAGAUGGUAUGAGAAGUGAUGAGAGAUGUAUUGUAGGAGGAGGAGGAGAUGAUAAUUGUCGUCAACAAUUAAUUACAAAUGGAGAUAAUAGUAGUAACUUGAGUUACUCAAAUUUAAGUUCUGAUGAUUUGAAUAACAGUACAACAGAUAAUACAGCCGAUAAUACUUUGGAUGGACCCACCAACCUUUCAAUGAUUAGUACUAAUAAUAAUACUACCACUACUACUUCUUCAUCUUCAUCAUCAUCUUCAUCUCUAUCAUCAUCGGCAUCUACAACUACAACUACCACCUUGAAUAUCCCCACAACCACAACUCUAAACAUCAACAAUAUGAGUAAUUACUACAACACCAACAACAAUAUGAAUAAUAUGAAUAACAAUAACAGUAACAUGAACAUGAACAUGAACAUGAACAGUAAUAACAUUAAUAUCAAUGUUAUUACCUCUUCUGAUGUAUCGACAACCUCAUCUUGUUUACCACCUUUACCAUUACCACCUCAUCAAGUAGCAGUCCCAGUGGAUAUUACCGAAGGUGAUGCAAGCUCAUCGAUUAUCAAUGGCCACUCUGUUAUUAGUAAUAGUAAUGGAGAUGAUUGUAAAAAGAUUGAUAAAAUUGAUAGUGAAAUUAAUUGUAAUACCGUUUGUUCAUCGGUUGAUGGAUUGGUUGUAUCAAGUAACAGUAUAAAAAGACCUUUGGAAGAGAUAACAUCUAGUGAUGGUGAUGGACUGGAAGACAAUGGAUCAUUAGAAAAAAAAUCUCGAAUCGAUUGACAUUGGUCAUUAACUAACUCAAUCACAACUAAUCACUAUCACACUCUCACCAUCAUUACCCGUAUUCACACAUGAAAUUUUUUUGUCUUUUCUUUAUUCUAUUACCUUAUGUUAAUCAUUCUUUACACAUCUUCUAAAUUUAUUAAUACAUGUAUCAUUACUAAAAUGCAAAAAAAAAGGUAUAACGGAAAACAAAUCAACUUCACUGUCCACAAACAACAAGGACAAAAAAUCAACUUCGCAGCAACAUCGCAACAAGUGAAGAAACUGCAAACACUUACAACCGGUUAAUUGGUCAAUUUAAACCAACUAAAAUCAUAAUUGUGGUUCUCUGAAUAUAUUUAAACCUUUUUCUUAAACAAUCAAAUUGCAGACAAACCAAAUCAACUGAUUGUGUUGCUUAUGUGUUUUGUGUAAUCAAUUCACUUUUUUAAUUUCUCAUCAACUAUAAAGGAAACAAAACUAAAACGAUCAUUUGUUCAGAAAUAGAAAAAUGAAAAUGAAAUAAACAAUAAAUAAACCAAAAAGAA